AUGGAGACUGGAGUCACGAAGCGGGUAAAUGACCGUGUCGCAAGUGCAAAAAAUCGUCGGCUGGCGCUGCAGCUAUCAAAGCGAACAGGUGCUCAGGCCGCAGUCAGAUCAACUGGCAACUUGUCUAAUCGAUUCGGUGCAAUAAACAAGAAUGUAGGUGCUGCUACCAACACCAGGGAUGCUAGAUAUAGGCUUAAUGAACGUACAAAUCGCUCCAGCAGGCCAUCAAGUCAAGGUGACGUAAAGUCGCGCUUAGGAUAUCCGAGCAAUAGACGUGGAAGUCCUACUAAGCGUGGAAGUGGCGGACGUGGCAUGCGUGGCAACUGGGUUAGACGUGGUCGUCAAGGACGAAUUGGUGGCCGAGGACUUGGAAGAGGUGCUUAUCAGAACGAUUGGAAUCCCACAAACAAUAAUUCUCAUUAUAAUGAAAACAGUGCUGGUUAUCAAAAGCAGCGUGGCAAUAAAAGCAAUAGUAAUAGAGCAGAAUAUCCAUCCAGGAAUCGAGGCAGACGUGGUAGAGGUGGAAGGAAUCGUCGUGGACGAAGAAAUGGUAGAGAUACUAGAAAUAACUUCGAGAGUAAGGACAACAACGGUGGCGAUAUCAGCAUUCAGAUCUCAAAUGAUCGUAGCGAGGAGCAAGAUGAUAAAGCACGAAUAGAAGAUGAUUUAGAUGACUACAGGAAUGAUGAAGAAGUAGUUGGUGAUGAUAAUGAAGAAGAUGAAGCCCCCUUGGAGGAAGAAAUGGAGACCGAGAUUGACUAA